CAAAAAUUCACUUUCGGUAAUCUAUCACAAAAAUAUCACUCUGUGAUAGAUAGUAUUAUUAAAUAUAAGAUUAAGAUUAAAUCAGGGUGAUUUUGAUUUGGAUUGGUAGUUUCAAAUGUUAGAUUGUUGCUUGGCGUAAGGAUAUGUCGUAACCUUGAGAGUAACCGCAGCUGACUGUGUGACCAGCUGUUUCCCGCGCCGCCACGAUACGGAUAAUGACUACACAUACCCUUCAACCACGCCGGUUCAGCUGAGACAAAAUAAAAACACUGUGGAUUUUACCUCACCAAUUUUGCACUAUUUCGGAUCAGAAAAGGACGGCAUUUUCUGGAAAAUAUGGCCUAUUACAUGCGCAAGAUGGAGAAGGCAUAUGUGGACCCAAGCGAUAUUUUGCCAAGCCCGAUUGUGCCGACAGUUGGAAGGUGUUCUCCCAACAGCCAGAAGGAGCAGGAGAAACGCAUCCGACGGGAGAUUGCCAAUAGCAACGAGAGACGACGCAUGCAGAGCAUCAACUCAGGAUUCCAGUCGCUACGCACGCUGCUGCCAAACCAUGAUGGCGAAAAGCUCAGCAAGGCGGCCAUUUUGCAGCAGACGUCGGACUUCAUCUACCGCCUGGAGCAAGAGAAGACGCAACUGCUCAAUCAGGUGAUUCACUUCAAGCGCAUCAUGCGCAAGUACGACCGAGAAGAUUCGGACUCGCCGUCCCCAAAACGCCGGAAGCGUCAGGACAGUAUGAUGGAUGAGGGCAUCGGCAGCCCCGAAAACUUUGAAGACACAAAUGUUGAUGAAUUGAAACGGGAACUGGUGGAUCUGCGUUGCCAGCUGGACAGAGAGAGGAGGUACCGCAUGAUUCUGGAGGAACAGAACAGGUCCCUGGAGUCGCAACUGUACCCAGAGAAACUGAAGGAGUUGGCCCAGCAGAUCAAGCUCCAGGAGCAGAGGGCCUAUGACGAAAGGAAGAUCCUUGAGCAGCCACCACCCCAACCCCGUCCGGUCAUCAUGCAGUACCCAAUCCCCCCUCCCCAGUCCCACAUCAUCAGCCCAGCCACCACGCUGACGACCUCACGGCAAAACCUGGAGACCAUCGUACAAGCCAUCCGGCACCUGGAGGGCGACAAGACGACGCCGGGAAACACGCCGCAGCAGACGCCCAGCCACACGCCCACCCCGGAGGAUGAGGCGCGGAAGGUGCGCGAGGAUGAAGAGACGCUAAGCGGCAACGAGGACACGUACAGGAAAGAGCACAGCGAGCGUUCGGUGAUCGUCGACGAUCAAGAGAGCAUGCGAAACUUCAGCAACAGAGUAACUGUGGAACUCCUUCAUCCAAUCGACAGGCUCAAGACGCGACCCAGCAUCAUCGUGUCGUGAGAGUCAUUUGUAGGUUGAUAUUUAUUCCUAACAUUUAAACCGUCUACUAACAACUUAAGUAUUAAUCUCUAAUGAUGCUAGUGUAUAGAGUAGUUUGAUAUUUAUUGGUGUAUACUAGUCAAGGUACGUUGUUUAGAUUCUAUAAGUAGAUUAUAAGUGGUAAGUUUCUGUAGCUGAUCCAGGGUGACAUUUCUGGUGCGUUUUACAAGUACACAUACGCACGUUUGUAAAGUUGUCUUAUCAGUGAUGUGCUUUGGUCAUCGUUUUGCUGCUAAGUAUCCAGAUAACUUUACAUGAAAAAAAUACAACUUAUUCUAAUUUGGAUUACCGUCAUGACCAGAUACUAUUUGAAAAAAUGUUAUUUCUGCAGUUUUAAUCAAAAAUGCUGGUACGCUUCUAGGUUUCCCAUUGGCUAGUCAGUAUAUGUUGAGUUGCCGAUUGGCUGUUAUGUCAGCUGUUUAAAUGUUGACUUGCCCAGGUGAAGAUACGUGAUAUGUCCAGUCAUUGUGGCCGCGACGAUACUUGAUUCAUAAAAUUUCUCCACCUCCGCAGUCACCUCCUGACCCCAUUCUUGGACCAGAUCCCCAAGUGAGUCACACAAAAAUGUUCAUCGUUGGCAGGAUGGAAUGACUUAGUCAUAAUUCUGUCUGGUACCUGUCUUGGGAAAGAGGGGGAAGCGAAUAGGAGAGGGGGUCGAAGUUUGGCACAGUGCAAUGUUGGGCAAAGUGGAAAGUCAAAUCAUGCCAAGAUGGUUUGCGGAUAUGAUGCAGCGGUGAUGCAGCGUUUGUGGAAAUGGGUGUCUGGAAAGCACCCAGCACACAAGUCAAAAACUGUUAAAUCUAAAGUGAUCACGUGUGUGACUGACCUACUUUUAUUGCAUGAAACAUCUACAAUCUCUCUCUCUCUCAAAAAAAGAAACGGCCGAACAAACAACAAACAAACAAACAAACAUAACUCUUGACUCAAUUUCAUCAGCAGUUUCAUUCUCAGUUGGAGAAAGCCAUCCUUCGGAAAUUCUAUAUUGCAUACAAAUUGACAGUGAGCAUGCUAUAUUUUACCAGGAAAUACGCCAAAAGAAAUACACGGUGCUUACUUGUAUGUCAAUAAACGGAUGUUUUUUUUGUACACAAAGUAGGGGAAAAACCUGUUGCAGGUUUUGUUAUGGAUGCAGUGUUUGCUUUGUUCUCACGCUGGCCAAAGUUUACCAUGAAGUUAGUCUGGUAUCAGGUGAUUGUGAGAGUAUGUUCAGCAUGUGUCAGCUUUGAAUCGCAGCCCAUUAGAGCUGAAUCAUCUGGCACAUGUCUAGACGGCUUAUUAAUCAUAAACUAGAUGCAGGUUAGACUGGGUCAUUGCCCUGGGGUAGGGGGAGGGGCAGGUCAGAAAAGAUUCUUCCACCUCUAGUUUUUGAAAAUUGUCAAAAUGCAAAAAUGUUCAUGCACAAGACAACAACAUUUUCCCUUCUCUGAUCAGCUUUUAAAAAAAUGAUUGCGUGCAAGACGUGAAUGACACUCAUGAGCAGUUGGGUUUUUCCGAAGUUAUACAAUUUUUUGUGUGAAUGACACAUUAAAAUCGCUUCACGGAGUUGGAUAGCAGCUUUAUUGUUAAUGGGUUUGUGGAAACUCCCAACACCUCACAGCGCUGCAACCCUUGUAGUUGUACUAAAUUUAGACACACUGAAGGUUAUACUCCAUGGGAUCUCCCAUGUCAGUGGUUUGAUAUGCCCCAUGCAAUGUUCUCACAGACAUUUCUAUAGCUAACAGAAACGUGCCCUUGACUACGGAAAUAUUAUCUUGCCCCUCCGAAGACAGAAAACUCAAGGUCUGUGUAAAUAUGUAAUUGCAAGUCAUGUAUGUGUGGGACGGCCUGGACGGCACUUUGUUCUUGAACAGUUGCCAAGUCCAGCCGGAUCAGCUGACGAUAUGAAAUUGCCCAGCUGAUAUCAUGUGAUUGCAGUGUUGGCAUCGCGCCAAACAGGUCAGGCGCGGAGUCUCUGGCUGUGUCUGGGUUUAAGGAACUUUACUACGGCUGGUGAUGUGAAGAGGUCAGACAAACUUGACACUGUUGAAUUACGCAAAUUCCAGGGGGCUGGCGGUGGAAUUUUAAACCGAGUGCAUUGUCUGCAGACAUGUACAGCUGUCUGACACAGGUUUUUACACACUGUAGUCAUGGACAGUUGUUGCAUGGAAGCAAUGUCACUUCACGGCAAAAUAACCACGUGUAUGAGGCCUGUUUGUCCUCAAGGGAAGAUUGUUCAUGAAGAAAUAUUCAUAAUUGCAAGAAAUAUUCAUAAUUGCAUGCGAAUAAUAAAAAAAUUGCAUGCGAAAAAAAUUAAAAAAUAAAUAAAUUUCAAUGUGAAAACAAAACAACCAUGAUCCGGAUUAAACGUAAUCUAGGUAUCAAUUGAAAAUUUGGAGAGAAAAAAAAAAAAAAAAAAAAUUCAAAUUAGCCACACAAAAAAAUUGUAAAUGAAUUAAUUUAAUAAAAAAGGAAUUUAAAGUUAAAAAAAAGACAAAAGCAAGAUACAAACUACCCUGAGAAGUGAUUCUUUGUUUCGCAUGUUGCAUGAUCUUAUGUAAUGGAAUUUUUUGAUGGGAACAGAGGCUAAAAAUAGCCGUCUCAUAGCAUUUUCAUUUGUACUGCCAGUUAGUGCGGAGCGAUGAAGCGUUACGUUAGAUGUGCCGCGCGUGAAUACCCCAGGCAUACCUUAAAGAAAUUGUGUUUGGGUGGGGGUCAGAGUUCAACCUUCAUGUUGAAAGUUAUGCAUGAGAAAUGUCUCGUGAGUAUUCCGUUGGAUCACGGAUCCUGGAAGCGUGCCAGCUCACUGUAUAUAAUAACAUCAUGCAGAGAGCCUCUUUUUAUUUUAAAGGUGUUUCUGGACAUAGUUAAAGACUAGGUUUCCCACCGUCAUCAUGGCAUACCUGUUUUCAUUGAAAACACUGACUUUCAAUUAAAUAUGAAAUAAUAACAUGUACACCUGGGAAAGGAAACAGGGAAAAAAGUCUCCAGUUUUCUUUCGGCAAUGAAGAAACUUUUUUUACCCAACUUAAAAAAAAAUGAAAAAAAGAAAAGAAAAAAAAAUGAAAAAAAAAUGAAAAACAAAAAUGAAACUGCCCAAAAAAAUAUAUAAAAAAAUCAUUAUACAGUUUAUAACUGACAGUUUCAUAAAGGCGAUCUAAAAAGUUAUAUGUCUGUUUUGUGGCCUAAAAAGUGGCAUUUCGGUCAAGUUUUCUACUGUAUCAUUGUGAUUAUCUGUGCUGUACAAUUUGUCUUUUGUAUACAAUUUGUGUACUUCGUAGUUAAGCAUAGUUGAGUGUAAAAAGCAGAUUUAGCAUGGGUACAACUCCAUGGAAACAGUCCAAAUAAAAAAAUUAAAAAGCAUAAAAUAUUUAUUGAUUUUAACAUGAGUAAAACAUAAAUAUGAGAAGUAUUUGACAUACGUGUAUUUUUAUACGGAAAGAAGAAAAUAAAAGCUUUUUUAACAAAAUUGUUUAUUUGAAUGUAUGCGUGUAAGCAUUUUCAUACUUAAGAUACUUAAGUAGUUGAUUCCCCCGAACACACCCACAAGUUGAUAUUAUCUGCACCAUGAGAUGGUCUUCAAACAAAAUCCUUAGUUUUCACUUUUGCUUCUCCAAAUCCCACUCCAAAUUUUUCACUUUUUGCUUCUCCAAAAUCCCACUACAAAUUUGCAUUUUUGUUGCAUUCGUUGGGUUGAAUUGCAGUACAUUGGCUUAAUAGCAAUUGUAUUUUACUUCGGAAAACUGCAAAGAUUUGUCAAACAAAACAUUAAUUUUUAUUAAUUGGGGACCGUUACUGAAUAUUCCUGUGAAUGCUUAGCAUUUGUAGUCUGAAAAAAAAAUGAAUGAGUUUUUUGUAAAAAAAAAUUUAAUGAAAAUGUUACAAACAAAUCUUGUGUGAUGUCCAUGCUUUGAUGCAAGUAUGUACCCAGCUAAGCCUGCUUAGAUGUUUAACGUUAAGAUGGUAUCAUCGUGUCUUUAUAAAGUGAUGUUCACUUCAGUCCUUGAAUUUUGUACUUUCUUGCUAGAAGUGCCAUAACAUUGGACUCUGUUAUUGUGGUUGGAGGUCUCCCCCACAGGUUUCCCUAGAAGAUGAGUUUGUGAUAAUUUUUGCUUAUUUUUCCCCAAAAAUUUGAAGCUCACGUAUUGUGGGGAAAUGACACCUAACAUUGAGUUUGUUGAGGCAGUGCAUGUAACAAAAACAAACUUCAGAAGCAUCCUUUAUUUCGAAACAAUACCCUUUUAUCUUUUUCUUCAAGCUUUAUGCAUAGUUGCAUCCGUUUUCCUUGUUUUUGAAUAAUUUAUUUAUUUGUUCUGAAUUUCCUUUUUUGCAAACAUCAAAAAGAUCUUAUUGAUUAGAGCCAUGAAUUUCCUCCAUUGAAACCCAAUCGGUUCUCUUGUAAAAAAAAAUGGUUGGUUACUAAAUUUGGUGAAAGCAUCACAAAGGGUCGUUCUAAACUUGUCACAUUUCUCGAAUGUCUUAGGUGUUUCAGACGAAUGUGCAAUGUAUGUGUGGCAUGUUAUGAACGUGUUUCGAAGAAAAAAAAGUGUGGAAUGUACAAAGGAUGUUUAUACAGUGUAUGGUUAGUCAGUUACUUGCUGUUUGUGUUUUGAAUAGUAAUUUGCAUAUAAAUUUGCAUAUUUAUGAAUGAGCAGCUGCCUGUUAUACCUCAGUCCUCCAAUAAGAAAUCACUAACUUAAUUAAUUUGUAAUACAUUGUAUUUAAAAAGCAAACAAUGACGUAUGUUGUGUACAUUGUUAUUGAUCCCAAAAACACAUAUUUGACCAAAUAUAAAUGGAAAGAUUUUGUUGUAUAGGUAAUUACUAAAAUUUGUAAAGAAAUUUUGUUUAAUUUCUCUUAAGAAUAAGUCCAUUUCUUGCUCUUAAAUCCUAUUAAAAAAAGCUCUGUGAUGUUUAUGUUUUGCUUUCUUUGCAGUUAUAUACCUCUGCACAAAUAUUCUCAGAUUUUUCCUGUUAACCAUUAUAUCUUGAGCAAGUUAUAUAUAUAUAUUUUUUUUUGUGUUUACUUUGUACAUUUUUUGUACAAUUUAACCUCUUCAAGCAAUUAUUUACUGUUGAGAAAGGUUGUAUGUAAUCAUUAGCUUCGAACCAGUUUUGACGUUGACUGAAGAGGUGUCAGUCACAACGAGUUAAGUUUAAGCUGGCCAGACACUGGCUUUUGAAAUACGUGUAUGCAUUGCUCCCACAAAUUCAACUUAGGCCUAACUAGAAAAAUCUUUCUAUCAUUACAUUUUCUCCGAUGAAUCACUUGAACCUAAUUUUUUUUUGCUGUGGCAUUUGGUGGGCGACAUUAAGAUUUGUAUGGCACAUUCAAUGCAGAUAAUCAAUCUAUGAUUACAGUGCUAUAGUUACUAGAAACUGGGGGAAGAUUAGGCAAUUUUCAAUGCAGUAGCAAUGUUGUCAAUGCAACAGUGUGGUGGCGCCCUCUCGUGAUCAAAAACGGGCAGGGUGUUGACCACCUGGAUUGAGUGGAAACAAUGCAAAUCCCUGUAGUUUUGAAAAGUAAAAUGUCUGUAAAAAAAUUACUUAAUUACUGCUAACCAUUAUGAGGGCGUAAGGGACAUGAGUUGGUGUUUUCUCCCUGGUUUUGUUUCGAGGGACUUGUUGCAAAAUAGAGUCAAAAUGUCUACCUCACCGUAUUAGUAGACAUUUGGAACCUGUGAGUUCAGCAAUCUCACUUUAAUUAGCAAUGUAAACAUUUUCACAUUGAAUCUUUUGUCAAAGAGAAAGCAUCCAUCUUGGCCUUGCCCUCCUGACUCCUACUGUCUACCCAGAUUGUGAAUUGCUUAGGAGUGGGACAUUACAUCAAAGGCACCAGUCUAUUUUAUGACAAGCCACUUUUUUUUUAGGAAGCGUCCAUCUUGGCCUAUCUCCUGACUCCUAUAUGCACCCAGGUUGUGAAUGGCUAAGGAGUCGGCAAUUAUGUCAUAGGCACCAGCCUAGUUUUUGACGAGCUGCUUUUUUGCAUAAACCAACGUGGCUUCUCCCAGGUAUACAUGUGUCUGCAGUGCGACAGCACUUUCAAAAGCAAGGACGGUAAAUAUUUUUAACAGGCAGAUACGGAAAAGGAUUUACACCAAUUUGGGAAAUCAAAUGAUGUAGCGCCUUCAGCACCAGUACUGGUGGACAGGUUUAAAUUAAAUUAAUCCACUUACAAACUGUUUAGUUUGUUUAACGUCCAUUGAUAUUGGUCAUUGCUUGAUACGUGUAGUCUUGUAACUGUACUUUGUGAUAAUUAUCCCAGCACAGUGGGUAAUCAUCGUUAUGUCUUGGUGAAAUAAGAGUUGUAUUUUUAUUUGUGGCAUAUGAUGCUCCUUAUUGUGUCAGAUUUGUAAAUAGACCAUCUAUAAAAAAAAAAAACACCAGUUUUUUUAUUGCCUAUUCUGUAUUGUGUCCGUCUUUAUAAAUAUAGUACCCAAGUUUGUGAAGGUUAAUCCCGAUUUACCAUAUAUUAUAAGCUAUGGUACUGUAAUGGCAAGACUUUGGGGAAAAAAUGGAUUAACAACCCUUGCGCAAACAGACAUGAAGAUUAAUUAAUCCAGUUGUGAAAUUUUUCAAAUUGUUAACGACUAUGUCACAACAUCACAUAUUUUCUUUUAGUGAAGACCUAAAUUACACGACAAAAUUUGUUUUCUUGUAUUGCCAAAUACAGUACCAUGGCUUUUAAUACAGGAUUUAUGUUGUGCAAGUAUUCUGAUACUUCAAAAUAGCCAAUUAUAAUUUCUCAAAUGUAUCAAACUUGCAUAUAAUGAGAGGAAAUGUCCCCUAAAUCUGAUGACCUCAAUAAAAUAUAUAUAUAUAUUCUGUGAACUGUUAAUCCC